AAUUGAGGUGCGUUUGCUUCCGGAGCAGCCUCCCCCGGAUCCCCCCUGUCGGAGAUCAGCGGCAUCUGGGAGGGUGGAGAAAGGAAAGAAGCUGAGAGAGUAAACGGAGGGGCGGAGAGAAAAGACAUAAACGCAGAGAGGAGGACGUGAACACACUAGAGAGGAGGACGCCGCUGCUUUAGUCAAGCCCUCCUGAUUGGAUGAAGAGAGAGCCACUGACUACCAGUAUGGAUGUGUUCCAUCCUGGUUUUUCCCACAGUCCUUAGUUCUUUGAUCUGCAGCUGAGUAUACUGAACCAUCAACCGUGACCAGCACCAGUCUAUAACUGACCUCCUGUAAGGUGAUCUGUCUUGUGCCACAAUGAUGUCAGUAGAUGUGACCAAUCGUAAUGGCCCUGCUGCCACCCCUCCCACCUCACUCAGCCUUCGCUCCUCACACAACCAGCUACUCAGCAGCGAUGUCAUCAAACAGGGCUCUGCCACUCCCCCCAAGUGUCGCAAAAAGUAUGCACUUACCAGUAUUCAAGCUGCCAUGGGCCUUGGAGAAUCAGCACCCUCUUCAUCAUCCCCAUCAUCAUCCCCAUCACAGUCUUUAACCCCCAGCAAUCCCAAACUAGCCAAGAACGGGGUCAACCAGCUUCGUAAGGCUGGGCAGGACCACAAUAAAAACACAACCGUCCCUGAUCUGAUGGACCUGGAGUGUAAUUCAGAGACUAUAGCCGAUGACCUCAAUGUCAACACAGCAGAAGAGCAUGACAGUCACGCUCUCACCAAUAAUGACCGAGAGGACGAUGUCAUUAAGUUGGAUGUGAAACUGAACCUAGACAUUAACACUAAUGAAGAGCCUGAGCAGAAACCUGACUCAGACAUAGACUAUAACAUUAACACAACCGUGGAGCCCAAACUGAACGGCAACAAAGCAGAAAUAGGCUUUGACUUGAAAACUGAGGCAGAGGAGGGCAAUGAUAUCUGCAUUCUGUCUGAGAAGAAAAUGUCAAAGAUAAACACUGAGGAAGAUGGAGAUGAGCUGGUGGUGGAGGAGCAGGAAGAUGAGGAGGAAGAGCCUUUACUAAAAAGUGAGUCUCCUGUAAAGAACCAUAAAGUUUCUCCAGGCCUGGAGCUCAUGUCAGAUCUCCAGUCCAAUCUCAAGCUCUUCAAAUCAGUCAAGGACUCUCCAGUGCCCCCUCCUCCCUCCCCACCACGACAAGCCAGUCUAGAGGACACGCCCCUGCUCUCUGUGGCUUCUUGUUCCUCCUCUUCCUCUUCCUCUCCAGAGACGAAGAAGGACAGAAGGACUGGUGCAAAGACAGACUGUGCUUUGAACCGCAUCCAGAAUCUGAACCCCAGUGACGAAGAGUUGAGCUGGACCACCUUGUCCCAGGAGAGCAACUCACCAGAGGAGACAGAUAUCUGGAGUGAGCAGUCAUUCCAGACAGAUCCUGACCUGCCUCCAGGAUGGAAGAAGAUCACAGACAUGGCCGGUAUCUAUUACUGGCACAUUCCCACAGGCACCACCCAGUGGGAGAGACCUGCCACCUGCCCAGCACCCACUGGACAGACAGAGUCUCAGGCCUUGGGUGACCACGCUGCCUCAGCACCACGUAAACACUCCCAGGGCUCACUCAGCCCCUCGCCCAUUCCUGACCAUGAGUUGUGCCAGGCAGAGGUCUUCUUCAGGGCGUCAACUCGUUCGGGCAGCACCACCUCUGACAGUUCAGUGGAGCCUCUCUUCACUCAGGAGGCCUCCCUUCCCACAUGUGGAUUUGUCAACAGCUGCUACUUUCCUCGUUCUUCAUCUCUACAGGGGAUGCCUGAUCAAGAGCUUCACUCUCAGCAUCAUGAAGAUGAAGACAAGAAACAGGUGUGGAGUGAUUAUGGCGGAAAGAUUGAUAGUGAGGUGUGGAAGGACCUGCAGGCAGCCACGGUGAACCCUGACCCCAGUCUGAAGGAGUUUGAGGGUGCUACGCUUCGCUAUGCAUCCCUCAAGCUAAGGAACCGUCCAGCAGUGGAAGAAGAGGAGUCUGGCAAUAUCAACAGUGACCCAGAAGCAAAGUGUUUUGCGGUGCGCUCUCUGGGAUGGGUAGAGAUGGCCGAGGAGGACUUGGCUCCUGGAAAGAGCAGUGUUGCUGUUAACAAUUGCAUCAGACAGCUGUCCUACUGCAAGAAUGAUAUCCGAGACACUGUCGGCAUCUGGGGAGAGGGGAAGGACAUGUACCUUGUGUUGGAGAAUAACAUGUUGAACCUGGUUGACCCCAUGGACCGCAGUGUGCUCCACUCUCAGCCAAUCGCGAGUAUCCGGGUCUGGGGUGUUGGCAGGGACAAUGGCAGAGAGAGGGACUUUGCAUAUGUAGCGAGGGAUAAAAACACCAGAAUCCUGAAAUGUCAUGUGUUUCGUUGUGACACGCCAGCCAAAGCCAUCGCCACCAGCCUGCAUGAGAUCUGCUCCCGGAUAAUGACAGAGCGAAAGAAUGCCAAAGCGAUGGCAGGAGGCUCUCUCCAGGACAGGAUGCAGGCAGGACUAGAUCUCCCUUUGCAAGAGUUCCCAACACCAAAGACAGAGCUGGUUCAGAAAUUUCAGGUGCUCUACCUGGGGAUGAUGCCUGUGGCCAGACCAAUAGGUAUGGAUAUACUGAAUGGAGCUAUAGACAGUCUAAUUGGUUCUUCCAACAAAGAAGACUGGACUCCAGUUGCUCUCAGUGUGGCAGAUGCUACUGUCACCAUCAGCAAAGACAAGGAGGAAGAGGAAGUACUUGUGGAAUGUCGUGUGCGUUUCCUGUCCUUCAUGGGUGUUGGGCGUGAUGUGCACACGUUCGCCUUCAUCAUGGAUGCCGGCGGCCACCGUUUUGACUGUCACGUCUUUUGGUGUGAGCCCAAUGCUGGGAAUGUGUCCGAGGCCGUGCAGGCAGCUUGUAUGCUGCGGUAUCAGAAGUGUUUGGUGGCUCGGCCCCCAUCCCAGAAGGCCUGUGGUUCAUCACCCCCCAGUGACUCGGUGUCCCGUCGGGUCUCGACCAGUGUGAAGAGAGGCGUCCUCUCUCUCAUCGACACCCUCAAACAGAAGAGACCUGUCACUGAGUUGCCACAGUAGCCAUGAAGAAGCACUACUGUAUAGACCCCCUGCCAUAAACCCCAGUCGCCAUGGUAACUAGUCCCAUUGCUACCAAAACCCGCCACCACCACAGCGCACCCCAGUAACCAUGGAAACCCAGCAGAGCUGCAGGGUUCGAGAAAUCCUGUCACAAUUCCUUCGCUUUUAUGGAGCACAUUGGAGUUUCACCUCAAGAGUUGACCGGCUCUUGAGUGGCAAUUCAAGUUUGCUUUCUCACAAUAACUGAGAUGACUGUAGACUCUAGUCCCACAUCAAGAAGGAACAGCUUAAAUGAUGAUAGUAGCCAUGUUGAUGUACAGUACAUAGAAGUAACUCUCAUCCCCCUCAGCACAAAGAAAGAGUGAGGAGAGGAGUGCGAAAACUGAUGAAGUAGGAAGUGCUCCUUCUAGCACAGCAUGUGUGAUGAACAAAAUUGCUGCUGCCCGCACUGUUGAUCUCUCCAUGCUCUUAGUGUAUUUGUGUCUGUGCCUGUGCUGCCAGCAUGACCUUGCACACCUGGUCACACCCUGUCAUUCACUUGGUUGUCCUGUUAGUCUGUUAUGGCUCCCCCCCCCGCCUCUGAUUUUCAUCCUCGUUGUCCUCAGUAGACUGUAACAUAAAAUGGAAUCGUCAAAGCCAUCGUGUCUGAUUUUCAUAUCGGUAAGUAAAGAACAAAAGAAAGAAAGGCGCUGCUACAGACUACAGAUUUGUCCAUCAGUCUAUCUCACCUGUUCAACUGAACCUGCAUGAACUGUAAAAGAAAAUCACUCUAGACAGCAUCACUACUCUGCUGCUGCUUUUAGAGGCUAAAGGGGUGAGAAAUCAGAAGCCACAUUGUUUAUCCUGUCUUCUUAGCUUUGUUUCUCUUCGGCUGUGCAGUCUGGGGGGGUCUAAACGAGUGGUGACCUUUCACCCGAAGCAUCCUUCACAUGCUUUCUGUUUACAUCUUGUUUUUAUUCAGUAGUUAUCCCUUGGAAAAUGACAGACGCUAGCCAUAAUAGAAGCCGAGACGCUCUCUUCUGCUCCCCUGUUUUCUGGUAAAUUGGACUGGACUGCUGCUCCAAACAGAGGUGACAUACUGUAGCAUGCUGCUGCUGCUCUUUGAGAUACAUGCUGAAGGAAAUUCGACUGAUUAGUCUCUCACCUCAGUAUCAGUCUGGAGGGACUUUGUCUAUUAAUAAAUGGGGAUCGCAACAUAUGAAAGCCUGGAGGAAAGCAGGAAGACUUGAGGAAUGUGCAUUUAUUCCUAGCUAUGGGUGAAAUGGUUUGGUGUGAACUGGGAGGAGGUGAGAAGGAGAAAGAAUGAUUUGAACUCCACUUGUCAAGAGGAAAGCCGACAUGGAGACAUUAAUUUAAGCAGUGGGACUUUCCUGGGCUGCUGUCUGUCUCCAGGAUUCUGUUCACUUGAAUACACCUCUGCUUUUUUCCAUCACCUGCUUACUUGCUGUUAAUCUGUUUCUGUUAGUGCCACAGGAUCACUUGCUUUUGGUCUUUUUUCCCCACAAAUCUCAAUUAUUCACCUCUAGCUCCUUAUAAUCGCAUAUCUGACAAGCUUGGAUGUGUGGUAAUAACAAAUGAAGUUCUUUAUUGAAGAUAAAAUCACGAACAACUUUUCUCCAGACAGUUCUUGUGGAUGUAGGGCAGCAGGUCUGUGCUAAACACUGGACCUUGUGCUAAACCCCACCUGUCAAGCUUUGAAUGUCUCCAUAUGCAGAGACAGUGUGCACAGGGGAGCAGUUAGAGAGAUACUGGGCAUCUGAAAGCAUUUUGGAUGACAGUGUGCUUGUUUGUGGCCGUUCCCAAACCGAGAUCACAAAAGCAGAUGUGUCAGAAACAGAAUAAACCAUGUGUCUCUCUGCUUUAAUGUAAACCUUAAACGGCAUACUUGGUAGUAACCUUGCAUUAUUCCCAGAGGCAUUAUCACAUCAUUCAGUAAUGUACAAAAAAGAGAUUUGUCAAAUUUCCCCCGUUUCCAAAUCAAAACGGAGAGGGUCGUCAUCUAUCUACAUGCAAAUAAGUUACUUUUUUUUAUCCAGAUAUAAAUUUUAAAGCCAAAAUCUAACCACUGAGUUGCCUUUGAACAUUGUUUUUCUGUAGUUAGCAUCCAUACCAUCUAAGGGUUAUGUUAAAAACCAUAACAUUUUAAUUACAUUUUUAUUUACAUUACUAUACUCUAAUACUAGGGCCAGUUAACAUUACAAUAUGCAAACAAAGCUGCUCCUUUAUUUCCAUGUAAAUGGCAUUUAUUAUCAGCAGGUAAGGAUACAGAUGUUUUGUCUGGGGCAUGCAACUUUAGCCUCUGUAUUUAAUUAUGAUAUUGUGUAUUAGCCAUCAAUGGAUAGUCUUGUUUUAUGUUUCUUAUAUGUUUAUUGUGAAGCUUCUUAUUCCAAAAUAUCACCGUAUAAAAUCCACCUGCUUCAUUUAAGUGAUAUAAUACAUACAACCAACAAAUAUAGACUUGAACAAUUUUACAACCCAACACAGAAAACAGAAUACAUGUAACUUAGCAUCCCCCUUCCUUCACCAGCCCCUCUACCCUCCCAUACCUUAAAUAGGUUCUGUUAACUCCCUCCCCCAUUUCUGUUUCGGCCCAGUGUUAUGAGGUCCCGUAAUAUCACUUGGUGACGGACCCGACAUGAAAAUUUGAGGACAGGAGGUAUCGGAAAGAAAGAUUUUCCUCAUGUCCUUUUGAACUCCAUGGCCUCGGCAUCAGACGGGCUUGUACUAAGCUGUUCAUUAACAGGGCUUUACAACUGGGUCCAGUUUGGCCUGUUUAGCUUCUGAUUUCUGACCGGCUUUGCCCUGCUGAGACUUGAAAUAUUUUAGCGGAUUGACCUUUUUCACAUUUUCGCUCUGUGGCUAACAUGACACGGUUACACUGAAUCUGUACCUGACCCAGUGUGAACUGCGCAGGUGGGUCACCCUGUGACGUAAUUAGCUUAACUGCCUGUUUUUAUUGUAUUUAAUGAUUAUAAUUUUAGUCCAAUAUGCAGUUCUAAAAGUUUGAUUAUACAAAAGUAUUAUAGCUUGGACUUUUUAUAUAUUAUUCAUAUAUUCAAUUUCUUUUAUAUGUAAUGGCGGUGCCGGGUCUGUCAAAAUAGGUCUCGGUCACAAUUUGAGAGGUGGAUCUGGAUCCGGCUUGUUCCGGCACAAAUUAACCCCUGUCCCUCCCCAAAAGUGCCUUCUCAAUUCUGGAAGUAGUGGCCACACUUUGUCAAAAUUCCUAAGCCUGUCUUUCAGAACGCAUCUGAUUCUCUCUAAGCGAAGAGUGUCAGGCAACUCUGUCAACUAUAGUUUUAGUGAGGACACAUCACUCUUUCUUCAAAAUGUCAGGAUAAGAUUUGUUUGUUUUUUAGCAAUAAGACUAAGUCAGGAAGCUCUGCUGUUCGUUUUUAAGCUUCUUUAACUCUGAUACUCCCAGAAUUAUUAAAAUUGGUUCUGACUCAAUCUGGGCCCCAGGUAUCUGAAAAAAAUCUAAAUAUAUAUAUAAAAGUCCAAAGACAGAGUUUGUAACCAACUCAGAGUUCCAGCUCUUAGCAUUAGCUACUAGUUUAAUCAGAAAUUGUCAGCGAAAUCCACAGUUAAAAGUGAGAAACUGCUGAACUCGAAGAACCGUGUUUCAAAGAUUAUUGUGGAUUUUAAGGGAUAAAUCUGCGUAUGUACAACAUGAGGAAAGGAAAGCUUGACAGGUGUAGCAGCAGUAAGUAACGGGGCCAGGGAAUGAUCAACGGUCCAAUGGCUACAUCUGUAGGUCUGUUUUGUUGUUUUUAUUACUAUUGAACACAGUUGGUGUACAAAAGAAGGAGCUAGGUGUGUACUUGGGAUUUUGUUGAGAAAACUCAGCAACAUCUUUCGUCGCAAGGAUGUUGAAAUGUGAAUCAGAUGACAUUUAUUGUGUGCAUACUAUCCAUUUAUUGUAAUGUUUGACAUUAGUCAUUAUUAUAAGCUAUCGUUUCAUUUUUGAAUGUCUUUAGUUUUUGGUUUUCUUGAAAUGAAAUGCCUUUUUUGAGAAUUCACCAAAUGGCCAAAGUGUAAAAUACUGAUAUACAUUGUUGUAGAUAAGAAAAAUACAAGAGCAAAUAAUGAAAACAGGAGAGGUGAUUGGAAGUUUUCACAGUUGUCAAUUAAGUUGAUAUUGAAUUUAACUGAGUAAUUAUCUAUGCAUUCUUUUGAUCUUGCGAAAUGGAAAGUCAUGAAAAGCCUUGCAUGCCCUUGGACGGAUGAAAGAAUGACUGUAUGUACUGAAAAGAAAUAUUUUUUAUUUUAUUUAUUCUAUUUUAUAAAGGUAUAUACUGAUUUUAUUAGUUGGGGCAAAUUAAAUCUCAUGACUCGAUGUCAUUGUCUCAGUCCCUGGUUAACUCACGAAGCUCCGCUUUGCAGUAAAAAGCCAAAACAGGACUAUAUCUUCACCUUGUAUAGUGCACUAAGAGCUGGGAGUGUGCUGCUGGUCUGAACAGUCAACUUGAUGAGUGAAGAGGAAGAGGAGGAGGAUGGUAUCAACAGCAGACUCCCAGUGUCUCUGUCAAGCUCACACAUAACACACACACACACACACUCCAUUUCCCAUAGAUGGAUGUGUUAGCUUCCGUUUGCUGGUCACUGAUUUGUACACUUUAUCAAUGUAACCAGUUGUGAAAAUAAACAGCAUUAUAAAAUAUA